AUCCCAGUACUAUAAAGUUUUUAUUCAAAACUAGUGGAUGGCGACUUGUUUGCCAAGAGUCUUAAUGAGAUAAAUUAUAGUAAGAUUGUUCCUCAGAGAGAAAUGUGUUCGUUAUUCUUAUAUUAUGUUUAAAAUACUAUUUAAAACAUAAACGUUCUAAAAACAUGAUACGCAAGCAUAAUAUUCUACAUGGGAAAAUUACUAUUUUAGCUGCCUUUUUAUCCUGCCAAUAGGUUAAAUAGUUGGUUUUAUUUUUAAGUCUAGUAUUGUCUAGUUUUAUUCAGCCAUAUUUCAUGAUUUCAAUCUUCAUCAAAGGCAAAACAAAAAAGUAAUUAACAAUUACACGUUAAAUUCGAUUUAAUACACUUUGUAACCACAUACAGGAAACAUGAUAUAAAUUACUGUGAAAGAUAAAUACGAACAGGAUAAUUGAAAUUUAAGGUAAACAAAAAAGAUAACACAAUUGAAUUCUUCAAACUAUAUUAUAUAAUUUUAAUUGUAAUUGUAGAAGUUUAUUUAAACAGUGACAGUGCACAACUUGACAUUAACCACAAAAGAAAGAUGCAAUGUACCAGGUUAUAGUGGGGAUGCUAAUUUCCACCUGUAGUCCCUGGGAAGGUUGAUAUUAAAAUCACUAAACUAAAACAAAAGACGACUGUUUUUGUCCAGUUAGCUAAAUUCCUGACACUAAUCCAAUAAUACUUUAUUCCUACUGCAAGUGAACAUAGCACAGUUUAACAAGACUGAGUGCCUGAAAGUCUUUGUUUUCCUUCAAUCGGACGGACUGGAUUGGACGGCCGGGGGUUCCGCCCACAAACACACAAGGUGGAGUUGAAAAAAUAACAUGCUGGGCUAAAAUGAAGCUGUCAAACAACCAGUUACGUUUGAGUCAAAGAGGUUUGGUGCCGGGGGAACGGCACGGACACCGGAAAUAAGAGUUAGGAGAAUAAUCAGACACUGAUUGGUGUCAAUUAUAAACUUUAAAGAUGUGUGCGUUCAAUGAAAAAAAGUUCACUGGUGGCGUUUAAAUUAGGUAACCAGUAAAGCGACUUUUCUUUCAAGUGUAGGCAGACGAAAUGUUAGAGAUGCAAACUUCGGUGGGAGACGUGAAAGUCGGGCUCGAUGAGAAACAAUAAACUCUGCUGGCUGAGCUCAGAAAAUCAGCGGCGUUAACACUGGGGAACAUGGGGAUGUGUCGGUGUAGCGGAAAUGGUUGGAUGGAGAGAAGAGCUGCUGCACGUUGACUGGAGGGAGACCGCGAGAGAGAUGGAGGCGGGGGGAAGGACCAUCUCUGCGGGGACUGGAGCCCAGGACCGACGGCGCAGUGCUGGCUAUCGUUCAACCCUCCCCUUCUUCAUCCACAGCGACGCGGAGGCUCGCGCCGAGACAGGUAAGCAGCACGAAAGUCGGUCGGUUUCAUAACCACACGUGGAAAGAGCGCGAUAAACAAACCAGAAAAGCGGUUAAAAGUCGAAAAAUAGACAUUCUGUUUUUAAUGUUGUCUACCAAAGCUCCUUAGGCGGCAGGAUCUUUGUGGUAACGAAACAAACUCCCCGCUGGAAGGGCGCAGACGAGGUCGGCCUUACCCGAAUUUCUCUGCCCAAACAGCGGGGAAGAAGCUGGAUGUAAGACCCAGUGGUAUGAUGUCUACUAUAAAUUACACCCAGUGAAUUCAUGAAGCGAAUUAGUUUCACGUAGCAUCGGGAUUUAGCUAAGCAAUCGUUUGUUUCGCGUGGGGAAAUGUUUUCCGGUAGUUUCCGCGCCGAGACCUCCACGCGGCUGUUGGCGGAACAGCUAACCGCCUCUCGGUCAGCCAUCAGGGAUCUCGGUUUAAUAUCUCACCGUGAGGAGACUCGCCCUCCCCUCUCCCCCUCUCUCUCUCACUGACUAGCCCAGAACCACCGACAACCGAGCUCGGAGAACCCGCCUUUCCGUCCUCGCUUAUGCGCUUUUUGGAGCUAGGGAAGGGAGUCUGCAACGCCCCGGCUAGAGCUUUCGGCUCCGUUUUCAGUGUUCGCAGUACGCCAUUGGACCUUGUCACGUUCAAAAAUCGCAUUUUCACAAAUGAAUGGAGAAAUGGAGGCAGCGACACAUGACCAAGUGUGGUCGCAGGAUGACCUCCUAAAGCUGCUGGAGGCCAUGAAAGUGGCUCUGCCACAGAAAGAUCUGACUAAAUACAAAACAUCCGAGUCCCAUCUGGACUGGCAGAAGGUGGCCUUCAACUCCUACACUGCAGAGAUGUGUAAACAGAAAUGGCAAGAGGUCUCUAAAGAGAUCCGUAAGUUCAGAACUCUCACAGAGCUGAUCUUUGAUGCUCAGGACUACAUCAGAAACCCUUAUAAAGGCAAAAAAAUCAAGAAGCAUCCAGAUUUCCCCAAGAAGCCUUUGACUCCAUACUUUCGUUUCUUCAUGGAAAAAAGAGCCAAAUAUGCUAAGUUGCACCCUGAGAUGAGCAACUUGGAUCUCACUAAGAUCCUGUCCAAGAAGUACAGAGAGCUACCAGACAAAAAGAAGAAAAAGUAUGUUGAUGAUUUCCUACGAGACAAGGAAACCUUUGUGCAAAGCAUGAUGAAAUUCAGGGAAGAACAUCCAGAUCUUAUGGAGAGCAUGACCAAGAAGGGUUCAAAUGUUCCAGAAAAACCCAAGACACCCCAACAGCUGUGGUACAACCACGAGAAGAAGGCAUUCCUCAAGACACAUCCAGAUGCCACCACCAAAGACAUCAAGGACAGUCUUGGUAAACAGUGGACGCAGCUGUCCGACAAAAAGAGACUCAAGUGGAUCGCCAAGUCCCUAGAGCAACAGAAACUAUACGAGGAAGCGAUGCGGGGAUACAUCCAGCAGCACCCAGAGUUGAACAUGACCCAGGAGGACAUCAUAAAGUCCACUCUGACCAAGGCAGAGCGACACCUGAAAGACAAGUCAGACGGCCGACCCGAUAAACCUCCUCCGAAUGGUUAUUCAAUGUUCUGCGCGGAGCUGAUGUCCAGCAUGAAGGACGUUCCAAGCACAGAGCGCAUGGUGAUGUGUAGCCAGAGGUGGAAGCUGCUGAGACAGACCGAGAAGGAUGCUUAUCAGAAGCGCUGUGAGCAAAGAAAGAAGGAUUAUGAAGUUGAAAUGAACAAAUUUCUCAGCACGAUAUCAGCGGAGGAGCAGCAGCGAGUCUUGGGCGAGGAGAAACCAGGUUGUAAGAAGGGCGCCGGAGCCAACAGUCCUGCAUCUAAAAAGAAAAAUGCUAAAGCCAAGACCAGUCCCGAGAAACCCAAACGGCCCAUCUCUGCCAUGUUCAUCUUUGCCGAGGAGAAACGUCCCAAACUGCAUCAGGAGCGUCCGGAUCUUUCUGAGAGCGAACUCACCAGAUUUCUGGCGCGCAUGUGGAACGAGCUGCCUGAUAAGAAGAAGGAGAAGUACAAACGCUUGGAAAUGGUGCUAAAAGCAGAGUCGGAGAGAAAGGAGAAGGAAGAUCGAAGUCGUUUACCAGAUCCGCCCAAGACCGCUCAGGAGAUCUGGCAGCAGAGUGUUAUAGGAGACUACCUGGCCAGAUUUAAGAGCGACCGACCGAGAGCGCAGAAAGCAAUGGAAGCAGCCUGGAGCUCCAUGGAGAAGAAGGAGAAGAUCAUGUGGAUCAAAAAAGCUGCAGAAGACCAGAAAAGAUACGAGAGGGACCUGUGUGAGAUGCGCUCUCCUGCCGCCAACGUGGCCGCCGUCAAAAAGAUGAAGUUUGAAGGGGAACCUAAGAAGCCUCCAUCAAACGGUUAUCAGAAGUUUUCCCAGGAGAUGCUGUCUAACGGGGAGCUGAAUCACCUCCCCAUGAAAGAGCGGAUGACCGAGAUCGGCAGCCGGUGGCAGAGGUUGUCGCUGAAGGACAAGGACCGCUACAAGAAGAUCGCAGAGGAGAAGCAGAAGCAGUACAAAGUUCUACUGGAGCAGUGGCUCGCUAGCUUAUCUUCACAAGAGCGAAACACCUACAAAGAGUAUAAUUCACAAAAAAGAAGAGCUCCAGCCAAACCUGGAGGCACCAAAGCAAAGUUUAAGAAAUCAGACACGGAGGAAGAGGAAGAUGACGAUGAUGACGACGAGGACGAUGAUGACGACGAGCAGGAAAAGGCUUCCUCUGAGGCAGACUCAUCCAGUGAGGAGGAGGAUGAUGACGAUGAUGACGAUGACAAUGAAGGUGAGGAUGAUGAGGAGGAGGAGGAAGAUGAAGAUGAAGUGGAGGACAAGGAGAACAAAUCAGAGGACAGCAGCAGCGAGUCAAACUCGGAAGGAUCGUCGGACUCAGAUUCGGACUGAAUUCGUCUUUAGACUAACUGAGCGGCGCUGAGCUGAGCCAGAAGUCCAGGGAGGUCUGCCACUGUGCCAACCGUACUCCUCCCACCAGAGGAAGCCCCCCCCCCCCCCCCCCCCCCCCAAUCUUCCAUCUCACACUCUUCAUGCUGCUGCGGCAGAGAGACCCUGGCCCCAGAAUCGGCCCAACCUCCCAGGUGUGAUGGUCCUUUCAGCACCAGUUAACCCACUGACAUAAACCAAAAACAUCCCACUGGUUUGGUGAUGUCCUGAACAUUUCUGCCCAGAGUUCAGUCGUCUUUUAUGCGUCCGAUGGUAACAGUGAGAACGGUAGUCUCUGCAGGGUGACCAGUUACCCUCUGGUUUAUUUUCCUCUGGAGACGGAAGUAAAGCAACAGGAGUUCUAGAACUGGCUUCUUUGAGCCAAAGAAGAAUCAAGGUCACUUCAGGGAGGGGCGCCAUGGGGAGUGUGCAGGACACUGAUGAAAAUUGCACUCUUCUGAAUGUUUUCUGUAAUGUUUCUUCCAGAGGGUUGUUUCUUUGUUCUCUAUUCUUACGACGAGGUGUAGAUUUUAUGGAUUGGUUCUUGCAGAAGUGUUUUUUCAGGAAAACAAGUCAAGCCAUCAAGAAUGUGUUUUUGUUGCUGGAAGUUUUCAGAUUCCCUUACUUAGCACUGUUCUCUGCCCGUUGACGGCUUUCAUUUAACUUUGAGUUGGAGAGGAUGUUCCACAGCGUUCAGCAUAAACCAGAGGAAAUGUGGAAACACUUGGAGAAUCCAGUGGUUUGUUCUAAUAAACAGGUUCAGGUCAAUCAUAGGGAUUAUAUUUAUAUGCUGCAAUUUUAUUUUUACACGAUCCUCUACAUUGUAGAUGAAAACAAAGUGUUUACAGCUGUAAAGUGACUAAAGGUUUUUAAGUUUUUACUGUAAUUUGCAAACUGCUUUGUUUUUCUUUGAAUCAACAAUUUUCAUUGAACAUUUGACCAACUUCAGCAGUCUCUGUAACUUUAAUUUGAUCUUCACACCCCUUGUAUGGGCUUGUAGUUUCCAUGUUUUGUGUUUUAAACCCCGAACAUGAGAACCAUCUCCACGCCUGCCGCUGGUCUAAGUCUCACUAAUGAUUCAGAAGUCUUAAAAUAUCUCCCAUUUUUCAGGUAAUUUGUUUCGACUUCAAAAAUAUGUGUUAACUUGUGUAGCUGGGCUUUCAGUCUAUAAAUGCAGAGUACGUGCUGUCCACGUCGUUUCUCAGUCUAUACCUGCAUGUUUUUUCCACAAACUAUUUCAGUUCAUCUGGUUAUCAGUUGGAUUUGAGAGAAUUUUUGUUCAGAUAAAGUAAGAAAAUUUGUUUUUAUGUUUUUGAUUUCACCCCAUAAAAUUUUAAUAGCUGUAAUCAUAAGUUUUUGCUUAUCCAAAAAGAAAAGAAAAAAAACUGCACUUAAUGUAAAUUUGUUCCUCUGAGUUUAUGUGCAAGCAUGCACGUGUGUGUGUGUGUGUGUGUUUGCUUUGCUUUAACGUGUGCUGUUCUUGCUAUUCUGUUUCAGACCACGAUGUGUAUACAGUGCAGACAUGUGCCUGUUUUGGGGACAUCAUACCAACACGAUGAAUGUAGAUCGUUUAUUUUCCCAAAAGUCUUUGAUAACAUGUACACACUCGCGACAGGACUUUCAUACAUUUGGGUUUUGUUUUUCCAGACAGGUUAAUGACCUUGCAGCUAUUCUUGAUCAGUUGGCAAUGGAAGGUUUGACCUUUAUGAUCUCACUGCAGACUGAAACAAAACCAGCAUGGGCUAUUUCAACAAUUGGUGGUGGGAAGGGAGGGGAAUGACUGAACAAAAGGGAUUUGUUGUGCUGAGUUACUACAGGGGGUGGUAAAAAUGUAAUUUUCUGUAAAUACUGUUUUUGUAUUGAGUGCUUAUUGUUUUGUUAGUACUUUGAUUUUGCAAACCCUCAUCUGUGGUUUCUAAGACCAGUGAGUUAAUAUUUGUUUCAACUCACCUGUUUUACUUCCCUCCCUUGUGUUGGUUUAUAGAGAUAUUUAUGACAGCAAAGCUUUACAGGUUUGUACUGCUGGUCAUUGGACAGGAUUUGAUGUUUUAUAUAGCUGAGGGUGUUCUUAUGUCCUUGUAGUUCAAGUAUUUGAGCAAAUAAAGAAAUAUCCUGAAAA